UGCCCGGCCAGGACAGCGCACGCACACAGACACACGAUGCGUCGCUACGCCCGCUCCACACUGCUGCUUCUGCUGCUGUGUGCGGCUCAUUUAACCAGAUGCCUCGAUUUGCCACAAUACAUCAAAGCAUGCAGUGAGAAGGAUCCAAACAUGAGUGAAUGUGCACUGAAGAAUGGUCGCGCAGCAAUUCCCUAUCUGGUGAAAGGUGAUCCCAGCAUCAAACUGCUACCGCAGGAUCCACUGGAAGUAACGGAAAUAGUGGUGGACGAAAAAGGACUCAAGUUCACCAUGAGGGACGUGGUCAUACGUGGAGAGGCAAAAGGAGGCCUGCAAGAUGCAAGGUCGUUCCCCAGCGAGAGACGCCUUGAGCUGGACGUGUGGUUCCCCGUGCUGGACAUGAGCUUCAAGUACAACGUAUCCGGCAGGGUGCUUGUGCUGCCACUGGACGGAGCGGGUACGGGCACAAUGAAACUCGAAAACGUGACCAUCAACUACAAAAUAAACUACGAACCUUACAGAAAAGGUGAUACUGACUACAUUAAAGCAACAGUGGCACAAUCCAGAGGUGAAAUUGGUCACAUGGCACUUAACCUGCAGAAUCUGUUCAAUGGAGACAAGUUUCUCGGUGACAACACUAACAAAGUUCUGAAUGAGAACUGGGAGGUCUUGGUGGGCGACGUGGGGCCGGCGAUGUUCGAAUCGUUUCGAGCCGUGGCACAGAACGUCGUGGACACCAUCUUUGACGGCGUGCCCUACAGGAAGGUGAUCCUCGAAUGAGUCGCCCAUCUGUCUCCUGAAGUACGUGUGCGGAAAGCUGCGGUUGCCUCCCACACCGCCUGCCAGCUACGUGUUAAAGAAAAGCCGAUAAGGACCAUAAAAUGCUUAAUUUAUAAGGCUAUAUAAUGUAAACGAUGAACACUACAAUGAAAUUUUGUAGAGAACUCAAGAACUACGUUAUACUUCUUAUUUA